AUGCAUAUUAGGUUGUGUGUGUUUAUCGUGAUACUUCAAUGUGUUCAAAUAGAUGGCAGAUUGGCAAAUUUAAUAAUACCGGAAGAUUUGCCAGCUGGAUUCGCAGCUAUCUAUGGAUUUGCACCACCAGUCACUAAAGGCAAUGACCAUCGCUUUGGCUUCGGUUUUCGUUUUGGUAAUCACGCAGACUUCCAAGUAUUGUAUGAAAUUGGACCUCAAACUCAUACUACUACAGCAAAGAUGUCACCGUCGUUGAAUGCACAAUACCGAAGCUCGCACCUCCGUCGUCUGGUUUUGCCGCGAGUUCAAUUCCCAAUCCUGGAAUUAUUAAAACGAGCUAUCAACAACAAGACAGCCUUGAAUGCGAAUAACAUAGACAAUAAUAAUGAAGAAUCGAGAUAGAUUUGUGAAUUUAUGAUAAUUAUUUCGUUGUGGUAAUACCUAGUCAUUUAAGGCUAAAGUAACAAAAAAAGACCAUCAUCUCUUGAGCCUUUUUCCCAACUAUGUUGGGUCUCCAGUCUAACCGAAUGCAGCUGAGUGCCAGUGUUUUACAUGGAGCGACUGCCUAUCUGACCUAAUCAACCCAGUUACCCGGGCAACCCAAUAUCCCUUGGUAAGGCUAGUGGCAGUGUUUUUAACAGUUACGACUAAUGUCUACUUCUAGUUUAUUUGGGCAGUCUCAUUAGCAGAUUGUUGGAUUAUAACAAUGAUUCGAAGUAAGACAAGUAGGUAAAAGGUAUGUGUACUUACUAUUA